UUGAUAUAUAUAUUUUUUUUACUUUCAACUCUGUAUUUAGAUAAACUUUGUGAAACAAAUUCAAAAACUUCCCAAAUUUCAGAUUUAAGUUCUCUUUUUUAUCCCAGUUUAGAUCAAGCAGUCAGGAUGAAGUUCUAUCCAAAUGCGGAUGUGUGGUUCUGCGUGGACAAGCCCAGCUGCAUGACCAGCUACCAGAAGUACCCGCCCAAUCACAGCUGGAAGAUUCGGGACCGGACCAUAUCGCGCGAGAUGCACUACUGGCGCGACAUCGAGGGCGUGAAAAAGACGCAGAUCAAGCUGCAGGACCUCUACUUCACCGGCUGGCCCAAAAGUCGCAUCCGUCCGCAGGCCUGUCUGGGCAUGCUCUAUGCCACUGGCAACCGGUUCAUCCGGCUGACCAAGGCGCCGCCCGCGGGCUUCAAGUGCGCCCCACUGCCCGUUAACUUGGCCACCGCCCGCAUUGUCAAAGUGGAGUUGCGCAAAAAGGCUAAGCGCGACAGGUUGGCAGCUAAAAAGGCUAAAAAGGAAGCGAAGAAGGCCAAGAAUGCCGCAAAGAAGGGAAAGGGAGGCAAGGGCGGCAAGGACGAUCUCAAGCCAAAGGUUAUUAGAACCUACGCAGACGCAGAAAAAGCGUAAUUAUGAUAAUAAAAUAUAGUAUAAACGAUGUAUAAGUGAA